AUGGCGACCGAUUCGGAUUCGGAUACCCUACAAUGGUCCGCCCAGUUCGCUGUCGCCCCUCCGACUCGAACAAAUAAAUUGCCAGGAGAUAAGAUUCUUCUGCCUCCCUCCGCGCUCGAACAGCUCCUAGCUGCGGCUCCAAUUACUUCCGUAGAAUCUGCGCAUACUCACGCUCUUACACCGCAGUUCGAUCCUUUCAACCCACACACUUUUGCUGCCGAACGGCGAGCCAGAGAACUAUUUGAAAACAGACAGCAGCAGCUCCCAAAUCCCCUUACUUUCCGUAUAGUUAAUCCCUCGAACGGCCGGGUCGUCCAUGCUGGUAUUCGCGAGUUUUCCGCACAGGAGAAUGAAGUGGGCUUGAGCUCCUUCCUUCGUCAGAGCCUUGGUCUCGACGAUGUCGCCUUCCCCUCUGCCGGGGAGGAGUCGUCCUCUGAUGUGGAUAUGCCAGAAUCCGGGAAGGUUUCGAAUAUGUCGAAACGGCCGCUGGUCACUAUACAUGCGAAACGGCUGCCAAGGGGGUCCUAUGUUCGCCUACGCCCUCUUGAGGCGGGAUAUGACCCCGAAGAUUGGAAAGCCCUUCUGGAACGACACCUGCGCGAGAACUUCACAACUUUGACGCUUGGGGAACUUCUGCUAAUUCCUGGGCCCCGGGAUGAAACGUUCAGGUUCCUGGUUGACAAAGUAGAACCCCAAGGGGACGGAAUUUGUAUUGUGGAUACUGACCUGGAAGUAGAUAUCGAAGCGCUGAAUGAGGAGCAGGCUCGCGAGACCUUAAAGAAGCGGUUAGCAAAAGCUUCUCGUGCUCCAGGAAUCAGGGGAGGAAGUUCUAUAGGUGGGAAGCUAUCUCAAGGGCAAGAGACUAGCGGCCAAGUAUUGCCAGGGCAGUAUGUUGACUACGAACUUAACGAUUGGGACCGUGGCCGUGCUUUCGAUAUUGAAAUCGAUGCAGCAGAUGGUGCAGACGUGGACCUAUUUAUCAGCCCAUUUUCAACAAGACAAAGGAGCCGACCCAGGGACAAUGAACAUGUCUUUGGGGAUUUCUCAAGCUUUUCCCCGAAGCGAAUCUGUCUGCAACCCACUAAUAUCGAGCUUCAGGAUGCAGAAGCUCUGUAUAUCUCCGUGCAUGCCUACUCAGGAGACACGCCAGAUGGCAAUGACACUACCUCGACAAAUACAACUCCGUUGAAAUUCAACCUCCGCACAAAAAUUAUUAUGCCAAGAGAGACAUUGGCUCCCCUGGAGGAAGCCGAACAUGAUGCAAAUGAUACCCAAUGCAAAAAUUGCCACCAAUGGAUUCCAGAGCGUACCCUUUUCCUGCAUGAAAAUUUCUGUCUCCGUAACAACAUCCUCUGUCCUAAAUGCGAAAACGUCUUUCAAAAACGAUCCCCCGAAUGGAAAAAUCAUUGGCAUUGUCCACACGAUUCCUCCUACGGUAACGACCAAUCCAGUCAACUAAAACACAACACAGUCUUCCACACACCGCAUGUCUGUCCCAACUGCCCCUUCACAGCUACCAGUCUCCCCAUACUCGCCCACCACCGCACUACAACCUGCCCCGCAAAACUCAUCCUCUGCCAAUUUUGUCACCUCAUCGUGCCCCAAAAGGGAGAUGCAGAUCCAGACAUGCACGACCCCGAAGUAUUGCUGUCGGGACUCACCCCACACGAACUUACCGAUGGCGGGCGUACGACCGAGUGCCACCUUUGCAGCAAAAUCAUUCGACUCAAGGACAUGAAAACGCACCUGCGCCACCAUGACCUGGACCGCCUUUCACGGCCAGCGCCGCGAGUGUGCGCGAACCGCAAUUGCGGCCGGACUUUACAAGGUGGCAUCAAUAGCAGUACUAUUUCCAACCACAAAAGUAACGACAACGACACGCUUGGCCUCUGCACGGGGUGUUUUGGCCCGCUGUAUGCGGACGUCUAUGAUCCUGAGGGGAAAGCGCUGCGUCGUCGGAUCGAGCGGCGGUAUAUGACGCAGAUGCUAAAAGGAUGUGGGAAGGGGUGGUGUCUCAACCCAUGUUGCAAGACUGGGCGUUCAAAUUCUGCUACUUCUACUGUCACAUCUUCCGAUAACGGUGGUGAAGUAGCACCCGCUCUCACGAGCAAGGAAAUUUCCGCGAUGAUUAAACCUUUUCUAGACGCUAUUAAUGUUAGCCCCACAACAGCAGCAGCAGCCGCGAAUACGAAUACGUCGCCGUUUUAUCUCUGCACAGAUGAAAAGAGCCAGCAGCGGCGAAAGUUGGCUGAGUUGUUAGCUGCUGAAACUGGGACUGGGGCGGAACUUGGAACUGGCGAGGGCAUGAACGAUAAGGGAUACGAUGUCACUUGGUGCAUUGCAGCCGUUGAGGCGGGAGCGGGGGACGUAGGGAAGGCGAGAGAGUGGUUGAAGAAUUGGGCGCCAGCUAAGGGGGAGAAAGUCAUUCGUUAA